GUUCAAAUCUAAAGAAAUUAGCCAACCAAUAAAAAUAUAUGGCUUGUAUUUCAGAAACGAUUAUUGGGUAUUUGGAACUGCGUUAAAUUUGUACCUUAACUGGAUGCUAAAACGUAAAACGUGUAGAACUAAUUAAAUUAAAUUAAAAGCCAGCGAGGAAGAGCAGUUUAUACCUUAGACUCUGCACUUGAUCAUACCAAGUAGGCAUUAAUUUGCAAUAUUCAUCAAUAUCCAUGGCCUUUGGCGAAGGAACAGAUUAACAGGAACAAGUUGAAUGGCUUCUUCAAGCAUAACCAGCAACUUCCACUUUAACUACCAUCCUUCAAUAUCCCUUCCAACCUCAGCCACUCGUUUUUCCUUAUCCUUCUCACACCCUCUACUUUACAAUGGCCUUUCCCUUCACCCUGCAAGCUCAAGCUCCAGAGUUUUUGCCAAGUUUGAGAAAUUCCAAAGCGAACCUUCCCAAGAGGCUGAGCCUUCGUUCUCAUUAGAAAAUACAGAAAAUUCUGUUGAGGAUGAUGAGGAAGAUGACAGUUGUUUGCCUUCAGACUUGGAGGGUGCAGUGCGGCAAUCAAGUGAGGCCGCAGCUUCUUUUAUAAUUUCAGGGGGGAUGAGAGCCAUAGUUGAACUUUUAAUCCCCCAACUGCAAUUUUUGGAUGACGAAGGGGCACAGGUGGAACUCUGGGAAUUGUCAAGGAUUUUUUUGGAUACACUCAUUGAUGAAACAAAAUUCCAGAGAGUUAAAGCCAUAUUUCCAGAUGCUGGUGCAGCAGCACUUCUAAAAUAUCGGUGGAAAGAUGCUCAAUUUAGAUUUGCAAGCUUAAGUGACCGAAAGCCUGUAGAAAGUGACGAUGAGAUGGUGGUUAUGAUUGUUCCUGAUUAUCAGAUGUUAGAAUAUGUAGAGAGAAUUGCAUCCAAUCUCUCAAAUGAUCCACCUAAGCCCCUUAUCAUGUGGAAUCCACGUUUGGUUAGUGAAGAUGUUGGGGUUGGAGUUAAUGUCCGGAAGUUAAGGCGCUACUUCCUAAGCACCUUUACAACUGUCUAUUUCAUGCGACCUAUGCCAUUUGGUGCAAUCUUUAGGUGUUAUCCAGGAAUGUGGAAAGUGUUCAGUGAUGACAAGGAUAGACCAGAUAGAUAUUUGCUUGCCAAGGAAUUUGUCAACCGUCCUGAUUCUGAAGAUAUUGAGCUUCUAUUUGGCAAUGAAGAACAGAAGUCAGAGCAAGGGCAAGGCUUGCUUGACAAAGCGGCAGGCAUCUUCUCUUCAAUUAGCCGGUUCAUGAAGGCUAUUUGAUGAUUGAUGAUGAUGGUCUUCCAUACUCGUUCUCAUCAAUAGUGCAUCCUGCCCCCAUUCAUGUCAAUUCUAUGUUUACUUCUCCAAAUUAGUUUUAGAAGUCAUACAGCUUUUAUCAUAUACUAUAAUGCAUGUAUACAUAUUAUGUUGUAUUUGACUUUAUGCCAACUGCCAAGUUUUGUUAAGUGUUUAUCCCUACUUUGUAUAGGAAAAUGCUUUUAUUUU